AUGUAUAACGUUAUGCUGCUGGUAUUGCUAGUAUUUUUUGCACUAGCAUUAGAAGAAUCCAAUUUGAUCGAUAACUUUCAUUUACCAGAAGAGCAUAUUCAAUAUUGGGUAAAUCGUGAUAAUGCGAUGCGUAAUUUGUGCUUCAAAAAUAAAAUUUGCCAUUUAAAGUAUGGAAUAAACAACAAAAAUUGUUGGGGUUAUGAGCCGAAUUGUGAUCCGGCAGACAGUUAUUCGGUGCGAAAAGCAAAAUGUACGAAGGCAAGCAGUUGGGGUAGGAGCAGCAUCGAAUCACAAUUAGAAAUUUUUCAAAAACAAGGUGAUUUUCCGAAAUUAGCGGAAAUAUUUUACAGUAUCGAACCGAUCUGCAUUUCAGAUCAUACAGAAGGUAGUUUUCUCGAAUGUUCCAAUCAUUUGAGAUUCUGUCGGGCAAGGAAUAUUUUCUUCGAUUUCAAAAAUUUAAAUUCAAAAACUUCGAAGAGAUAUCGAAAUGAUGUGAUCCGGAAAGGACAAGUUGGUGGAAACUGUGACUCAAUAUUUAACGAAAAAUUACUGCACAGUAGAAUGGAUGAAAAAAGUUAUUUGCAAAGUUGGGCUCAUGAAUUAGAGCAUUUUGUAUCAUAUCCUGAUUUUCGAAUUUCGGAACAUCAUUGUGAUGUAAUCUUCGACAAGCCAACAGUGCUGAUCAAAUUGGAUGCAUCAGUAAAUAUGUAUCAUCAUUUCUGUGAUUUUAUCAAUCUGUAUGCAAGCCAGCAUAUUAAUGGUUCAAUUAAUAUGGACAUCGAUAUUCUAUGGUGGGAUACGUGGUCUGGAGGUUUCGUAGAUCCCACAUUUGGAGCUACUUGGCAUGCUUUUACGGUGAACACACCUCAUGAAUUAAUUGAUUUGGACGGAAAAAUGGUCUGUUUCCGGAAUGCCGUAUUUUCGAUGCUUGCCCGACAGAGGUUCGAGUAUCUCGAUGGUAAAAAAUUUUGUGAGGACAAUGGGGUUGAGCGAUAG